AUGAGACAAAUGCAACAACUCGCCAUGCUAGUGCCAUCAGUAAUGGAACUGACACAUCGUAUAGAGAUGCUAACUACUAGCGAGGGGUACAUUCAUCAUUGGAGACAAAUUUAAUUAGGGAAACUUCAUUUAAGGAAAACAAGACCUUUUUAAGGGGUACAUUCAUCAAUGGCAAGAAAUUUCAUUAGGGAAACCUCAUUUAAGGAAAACAAGACCUUUUUGAGCAGGAUGGAACCACCAGGUCCCACACCAGUUAGAGGCCACCACUCCUGCUGCUCCAGCCUAAAGAUGUUCGUUGUAGCCUUGUCCUUUGCCUACUUUGCGAAGGCUUUAUCUGGGAGCUAUAUGAAAAGCACAAUAACUCAGCUGGAGAGACGCUUUGACAUCCCCAGUUACUUAAUAGGCGUCAUUGAUGGGAGCUUUGAAAUAGGUAACUUGUUGGUUAUCGCCUUUGUGAGUUACUUCGGAGCCAAGCUUCAUCGACCAAAGAUCAUUGCCAUUGGCUGUCUGCUGAUGUCACUAGGAACAUUCUUAAUUGCCCUCCCUCAUUUUAUUAUUGACCGAUAUAAAUUUGAAUCAUCAGUUAGAUCAUCAGUGAACUCCACAAAUAACCUCCUUCCAUGUAUGACAAUUUCAUCGUGGAUGUUGUCUGUGGGUGACCAUACCUCUACAGUGUCAGAUACAGGCUGUGAGAAUGAGUCCCGGUUGUCCAUGUGGAUCUAUGUUUUACUGGGAAACAUCUUGCGUGGAAUUGGUGAGACCCCAGUACAGCCUUUGGGGAUUUCUUACAUAGAUGAUCAUGCCCCAGAGGACAACGCAGCCAUCUACAUCGGGUGUAUUCAGACAGUGUCUGUAAUUGGUCCAGUGUUUGGAUACCUGCUUGGAUCCCUUUGUGCAAAGAUAUAUGUGGACAUUGGAUUUGUCAACAUGGAGAGUGUUGGCAUCACACCAGGAGAUCCCCGCUGGGUCGGUGCAUGGUGGCUGGGCUACCUCAUCACAGGCACCAUCACUCUCAUUUCGGCUAUGCCCUUUUGGUUCUUGCCCAAGUCUCUUCCAGAGGGACGAAUGUCCAAGUACUCUCCUGAGAGGACACGCUUCAUCAGGGGCUCCUCUAGUCUGGAUCACAAGUACCAAGCAGAUGACCCAGCCAACUUCAUAGAAAUGGCUAAAGACUUUUUGCCAUCUCUGAGAUCUCUCCUGGCGAACCCUGUUUAUUUUUUGUACCUUUGUGUUACGGUCGUGCAGUUUAACUCUUUAAUAGGCAUGGUGACCUACAAACCCAAAUAUAUAGAGCAGCACUAUGGGCAAACUUCUGCCAGAGCAAACUUCCUAAUGGGUGUGAUGAACAUCCCAGCGGUGGCCUUCGGGAUGCUCUUGGGGGGAGUGCUCAUGAAGAGGCUCAAGCUGAGCAUCAUGGGAGCAGCCAGGCUUGCGCUGGGAACCUCUCUCCUGGGCUACUUCCUGUCUCUGCUGUUCUUUGCUCUGGGCUGUGAGAAUGCCAAAGUAGCUGGCAUCACUGUGUCAUAUGCUGGGAUGGAGGGUGCCUCCUAUGAGAAAAAUCCUCUGUUUGUAAACUGUAAUAUAAACUGUGUGUGCUCACCCACGGAAUGGGACCCUGUGUGUGAUGUGGACGGUCUCACAUAUGUCUCACCCUGCCUGGCUGGGUGCCGCACAUCUCGUGGCUCUGGGAUGGACAUGGUUUAUGAGCAAUGCACAUGUGUGACCAAGGGAAACCAAACAGCCUAUCCAGGUCAGUGUAGACACCACAGGGAGAGCUGCCAGCAAGUCUUCCCCUACUUCCUGGCUCUGUCUGUCCUCACUUCCUUCAUUAUCUCUCUGGGUGGAACCCCAGGAUACAUGCUGCUCAUAAGAUGCAUCAAACCAGAGCUGAAGUCCUUAGCUUUAGGAUUUCACACCCUGACAACACGUACUCUAGCUGGCAUCCCUGCUCCUAUAUACUUUGGGGCGAUCAUCGACACCACAUGUCUGAAAUGGGGCCAUAAGCGGUGUGGGGGAAAAGGAGCAUGUAGAAUCUACAACACGGCUGCUUACAGGUUAGCAUAUCUGGGCUUAACGCUGGGCCUGCGGACAGCCUCCUUCUUCCUGUGUGCACUGGGUCUGCUGGUGUUACAGCGGCAUAUCAAGAGGCAAGAGAGUGGCGCAGUGUUCAAUGGCAACACUGGAAGCACAGUGGCAGAGCUGCAGGUUCUCAGAAAAGAGGAGAGCAACAGUUCCCACUCAGACCAGUCCCCUCAGAUCUCAGACUAUGAUCCUGAGCGGGAAACACACCUCUGAGACAUUGACUUGUGAAGCAACUAUACAGGGAACCAUCUGGCUUUGUUAAUUAUAUUUAUUUUUCAUAGAUGAUAAAAAAAUAUAUUUCAACUA